CGUCUGCGCAGCAUUGGUCACGUGAUCAUCCCCUCUAUGUCCUCUGUCGUCGCAGCGGAAAUCUCCGCCAGCUGCCCGCUUCCGUCUUCCCGAGCGCCUGUCAGCCAUUAGAGCUCUGUUCACCGGGUCUCUGGGUUUGAUUGGGUGCAUCGCACGAAAUCGAGUACCGUUCCACGACUGAGAACGAGCCAGAGAGGGAGAAAGAAAGUGGAACGAGUUCGCUGGACGUUCUAAGCAGCGAAGGAAUAGUUUCGCGGUCUGGCCGUACGACGAUGUACAGCAACAGUUACGCCAAUCAAACUUCACCUAGGGGGAACAGAGACAUUGGUAACAGGAAGGGGAGUGGUGGCACUUACUGGAAUAAUCAACAGCAACAACAGCAGCCUCAGAAAAAAAUUGGAGCCAUAAUUAUAUCAACACAAAAGAAAAAUAAUCAGAAGAAGACUCCUGGUGACCUCUUGAAAAAACCUAACUGGGAAAUUAUGACUCUGCCAAAUAUUGCCAAGAAUUUCUAUGUGCCCCACAUUAACAUCCUGCGACGCACUCCUGAUGAUGUCAGAAAGUACUAUCUAGGCAAGGAGAUCACCGUCAAAGGAAACAAUACUCCCCUCCCAAUACAGGCGUUCGAGGAAUGCAACUUCCCCGAAUAUGUUAUGGAGGAAAUUAGAAAGCAGGGCUUUCUAGAACCUACCGCCAUCCAAGCUCAAGGCUGGCCUAUUGCACUCAGUGGACGUGACAUGGUUGGCAUUGCCCAGACUGGAUCUGGGAAGACACUAGCUUACAUGCUUCCUGCUACGGUUCACAUUAAUCACCAGCCACGAUUGGCUCGAGGAGAUGGUCCUAUUGUUCUUGUGCUAGCUCCUACUCGUGAGCUUGCUCAACAAAUCCAGACUGUUGCACGUGACUUUGGUACGUCAUCACGCAUCCGCAAUACUUGCAUCUUUGGUGGCUCACCCAAGGGACCUCAAGCUCGCGACCUCGAACGUGGAGUCGAGAUAUGUAUCGCCACUCCUGGACGGUUGAUCGACUUCCUCGAACGAGGCACAACGAAUCUGCGCCGCUGUACUUACCUUGUACUCGACGAGGCCGACCGCAUGCUGGACAUGGGUUUCGAACCUCAAAUCCGCAAAAUUAUCGAGCAAAUCAGACCAGACAGACAGGUUCUCAUGUGGUCUGCCACCUGGCCUAAGGAGGUGCAAGCUCUUGCAGAAGAUUUUCUUAGCGAUUACAUUCAAAUCAACAUUGGAUCACUGUCACUCGCCGCCAAUCACAACAUCCGUCAGAUCAUCGAGAUCUGCCAGGAGCAUGAGAAGGAGGACAAACUCACCACUCUGCUAAGAGAAAUUGGUUGUGACCGAGGCAAUAAAACCAUCAUCUUCGUGGAAACUAAGAAGAAGGUCGACGACGUCACCAAAGCCAUCAAGAUUAGCGGACUGCACGCCAUAGCCAUCCAUGGCGACAAGUCUCAGCCCGAACGUGACUACGUUCUCUCAGAAUUCCGUAAUGGUAAAACUGCAAUACUGGUAGCUACGGACGUGGCGGCACGUGGUCUCGAUGUCGAGGAUGUCAAGUACGUGAUCAACCUCGACUAUCCGAACAGCAGCGAGGACUAUGUGCAUAGGAUAGGAAGAACAGGACGCCAGAGUGCCGGUACAGCCUACGCUUUCUUUACUCCCAACAAUGCCCGCCAAGCCAAGGAACUGAUUGCCGUUCUCAAAGAAGCUGGCCAAGCCGUCAACCCGCAAUUGCUCGAUUUGGCUAACUCCCAAAAACACCAGUUCGGUAAGAAUCGUCAGCGAUGGGGUCAGAGUCGUGGAAAUCCUAACACCAUGAAUAAGGACAUGAACGGCAGUCCGAGAAACAACCGCAGUCCACCCAACAGCUGGCAGUCAAUGAACCAUUUCAAUGGAUCAAAGGUGCCUGGUCAGAACAACAUGAACCGCCCAAUGAUACGCCAACAAAAUGGCUAUUCGAAUAACCGUCAGAACGGCUACCAGAAUAACUAUCAUCAUCAAUCGACUUCGCCAAACGGUCUGCCACAGCAGCAAUCGCCUCAGCAGAUGUCUUCUCUGACACAACCGCAGCUGCAGUACAAGCAGGUGAACGGCUAUCAGAAUAAUGCCGCGUACCAGCAGAUCGGUAGUGCCAUGCAGAGCAGUUACCAGGCAAACGGUUAUCAACAACGUGGCUACCAGAACUUCACUGGAAAUAGUGGCUAUCAGGGAAGCAAUCGCUAUAACAAUCGUCAGAAUGGCUACGCACCCCAGCAGAACCGUCAGCAGCAGCAGCAGCAACAGCAGCAACAACAACAACAGCAACAACAACAGCAGCAGCAACAGCAGCAGCAACAACAGCAGCAAAGCAUGUAUUCCGUGCCACCGGCGUUUGUCAUGCCGUCGAGUGCCACUGCCACGACCGACUCCAGUAUCCAGAGUCUGGUGAAUAACAAGUUCUUCCAGACCAGUCGACCAUCGCCACCAGCAGCCAAUCCUUGCGCCUAUCAAUCGGCUAUGGGAUACGGUCAAUUUCAAGCCGUGCCGCCCUAUGGUUACCCGUACCCGCCCACACCGGUGCAGCAGUGAUGCGCCGCCUAAACAUGUAUCAAUCUUAUUCUUUGUUUUUCUAAACGUAUAAGCGAGACGGUGGCUUCACAAUGUCGUAGGAAGGUAACUUUUUUUUCAUUUAAUCUCGAACUUUUCGUUUAACGCGUGAAACCAUCAUCGAUCAUCAAUGUUUCUUAAUCAAUGAAGAAAAAAUUAAGCAGAAAAGAAAAAUUACGACGUUCGUAUAGAUAACGCAUAUCUUUAAUCUUGAUUUUGUGUUCUCAACGUAAUAUUUUUCAAUUUUUUCCUUCCCGUUCUCGUGUUUAAAGACGAAUUCUUUUUCUGUAUCACUUUUAAUUUUUUUAAUUCUAAUCUUUCUUUACUAUCGUACUUUUCUGGAAUGGUGCUCAAAGUGUUCGUCGCUUGCGCGUAUGAAGCAAGCCGACGUAUCUAAUCCUACAGUGACUGCAAGCAAAAGCAAACGGUGAACACUAUUAUAGGCUAACAGUAGAAGCGGAAAGUUCUUUAAAAGAAUAAAUUGAGAUGGAAAAUAUAACGAAACAUGCAAAAAAACUACAAGAUAAAAAAGAAGCUAUGAUCGUGCUGAUUCGAACGAAUGAUUCGUAUCCACCAGGCACAUUCCAGUCGAGUUUGAACGUAGGGAUUUAGCUUAAUUAGCGAUGGUAUAUCGAUAUUGCAUACAUAUAUUAUAAUACUACUACUAAAUAUUGGUAAUGACCACAAAAAAAGUGUAGCUUACGAUUUUUGGUCAUCUCUGUGGUAAUUGAAUAUAGCGUAAUCAUUCUUGCGAUUUAAUGAAAACAAACAAAAAAAUUACAAACUAUGUAUACUACCUGUAUGCUUUUCUGAAAUGCACGAAACAUAUAGAAGGGGGGGCGUGGGUUAUAGGAUUAAUAAUUUAUAAUUUAUUUAUAAUCUGUCAAGCGUAUAACAAGGAAUGAGAAAAAAGGGUUUAAACGAGUAAAAUAGAUGACGCUCUUUAUAAAUACCGACGAAACGAGGGAUGAACGUAAGAGAAUAGCGCACGAAGACGCCAAGAAACAAAAGAAAAAUAAUCUCAUGUUUUUGUAUUUUUUGUUUCAAAGUGUUUAAGGAGAUUAAAAACGAUACACAAAGAAACUAGCAAACAGAAGUCAAACGUAAGAGAAAAUAAAAUUAAUUAACGCCAGCGCGAAACUCGAUAAGUAAGCAGGAUCUCCCACGUUAUUUAUAUACUACUAAAGCGUUAAGAGCGUUCGUAUUUAAACAAAAACGCAAACAUAAAAGGAGAGCUUUUCUUCCGGCAAGAAAGAAAUAAAAUGAAACUUUCUAUUUGUAAGAGGCAAGCCUCGCAUUGUUUACGACGCGUUAAGUCGAAAGAAGCAAAAAACACGAAAAACACGCUCGCAUUCGAGAAGGUAAGCGUCGAUCUUCCAGUGUUAGUCGGAAGGAAUAGAUUUAAUGAAUCUUUUUUUCGUACGCAAUGCGUUUGUAAAACGGGUAAACUCGAGGAUGCAAAACUGACACACGUGUCGAAGAUUAUCGGUCGCGUAGUCUCACAUGGCUGUGCAUUAUAACUAUUAGAGCAGAAACUGUUCUUGGGUAUACCUUAUUUUUGUAAAACGGCGACAAAGAAAGUCUCUCGUUCAUUUGAUUUGCAGAUGUAAAUGCGACACGCGAUUAUAUCGAGCGAGUAGCGCCAUUCACGUCGAUCGUCCCCUCAAGAGGCACAAUUUAAUUAGAUAGUGAAAGAAAUAUUAAAGACAAAAAAUUACAGUCUUGAAACAAUAUGUUUCGAUUUACAAUUAUAAAACCAAGAAAGACUUUUUUUUACUGGUAACUCUAUUUCGAGGGAUUAUUAAACGCGACUAAAGUUUCAAAUCUCUGACCGCAGGCGACAAAUCAGUGAUGUGCGUGCAUCUACUUUCCGUCAUUUAUAAUUAAAUGUAAUAUUACAUAAAACUCAGCUCGACCACGACACAGAAACACAGAAAUACGGGAAUUUAUCGAAGAAAAUAAAUAUAUAACGUCGUCGUCUGUGUACGUGUGUUAUUAUUUAUCUCGCGCGCGCGUGCUCUUUACUUUUACGAAACGCAAAUAGUAACGUGUCGUAUAUAAAACGAGCGAGAAGAAGCCCUCUCUUUUCUUGUGAGAUAUCUUCGAGAACGCGCACACUUUUGCGGGCAAACGAAGAGCGGAAAAAAACUAGUGAGAAAACUAAUAUAAAAAAAGCCUCCAGUAUUUCAUUGUCUCCUUAUUUUCGUCGUACAACGCACAGAGAGAAAAAGAAGCAGCCACUUCAGAAUAUUCAAUAAUUGUAAACUGUACUAUAUUGGAGGCUCUCUCGCUGAUUUGCGUGUCUUGGAUCAUGCAAUCAUCUCUUCUCGUCGAACAUAGGAAUCUGUAGGAUGGUUGCGUAUUACACGCGUAGUUCUGUGAUAAGUAUGAUGUAGUGUUACCGCGAAAGGUUUGGCGAUAAUAAUUAUUAAAAAAAUGGAUGCGAAGAUCGCUCGAGAGGGCUUUUUAAAAUAAAACUAAUCGCGCGUCUCUCGUCUCUCAUAUAUAGAAGCGCUCGUUUCGACGGCAGAUUAUAAGCAAACAGUAAGAAAAAAAAGUGAACCAUAAAUUUUUAACGAAAAUAAUAAGAGUAAACUCACGCAGGCACGUAAAGGCGUCGUCAUAUCAUAUGCAAUAUGCGUUAUAAUUGUAACUUGUCUCUCGAAAACAAAAGCAAAACAAGCAAAAGAUUGUGAAAGCGUGUCGUGUGCUGUAAUAAAAGGCUUAUGCGUGAGCAAGUACUCAACGUGCGGUAGAAGAUGGCCAAUCGAAUUCGCUCUACGAAAUACACGAUUAUUACAUGUUACAUUUUUGCAAGGAUAAUAUGCUUAUUCGCAUCAGCGCCUAUCUCGUUCCUCUCUCUUUGAUCGCGAGGCAUAUAUGAAUAUUAUAAUUUUUAAAAACAAAACAGUCAUGAACGUACACAAAAUGUAUUCGUAUAUCGUUAAACAGCCACGUCAUACGUUCUUUCUUUCUUUAUUUUAUUUUAUUUUAUUUAUUUAUUUAUUUAUUUUUUUUUUUUUUUUUUUUUUUUUGUCUUUUCUCACGCGAGAAGAAAGAGAUUAAUUAAUUGUGAUUAGAUGCGUACACACAUGAGAAAUAUUUUCCUUCCCAAAUAAUGAGGCUAUGUUAAUAAUGUAUAUUCACCAGUGACGCGACGGUUCUUCGCUGUAUAUUCGUAUAAAAUCUUACAUCUCGUUUAAAUAUGUAAGUAUGGAUUCGCGCCUCGAGAAUAUAUUGCUCCAAAGUGGUUCUUGUGUGAUGGUGUUCGUUAGCUUUUUUCUUUUCUCCGUUUUACACGCGAGAAUCUGAUUUUUGUGUCUCUGUCAAAUCUCUACAAACAUUCGCUUCCAUUAUUAUUAUUAUGAUUAUUAUUAUUAAUAUUAUUUUAAUUCUUAUUGUCGUCCUGUAUCUUUUUUUCUCUUUCUGUUCGUGUCGUAUUUGAAGCUGAGGGAUCGUUUCUCACGAUAAAAAUUGUUGAAUAGUUAUUAAAAUUAGACGAUAAAAGGAUCUUGUUUAUUUUAUCUGCGUAACUUCAAGAAGUCAUUUAUAGUAUAACUAUAUUCUGAAGAUUAGAGCGUCAAAAUAACAUAUUUUUUAUUUAUUUGUAUCUGAAACUUUUCUCAUAAUUACUUUAUUUUUUUUUAACUUAAUAUUAUGAAUAAAGCGAAACGAACUCAGUUAUUGAACUACAUUCACUUCGUAUUAUUACUUGUUGAUAUAUAAUUCAAAGGGUACUUGCUGAAAAAACUUCCAAGACAUUAGCUGGAAAAAAUAUCGCCAACUGAUGAGAAAGAUAAGUGUGCUUUAAUUUCUAGGUAUGCAAUGAACGAAAUAAUUAAAAAUUAAUACCUUUGUUUUCAAAUAAAUCGCACAGUACGAACCGAUGUUUGUUAAAAAGAGAUAAAAACUAUUAAAAAAAAAACAAAGUGCGUAUUUAGAUUACAUACAAAAAAAGUAUAUAUAUCGAGAUAAUUGUAUGUAGCGAAAUGAAAUUGAAGGUACGAUGGAAAGACUAGAAAUUUGUUCAAAAGAAAAAUAUGUGCUUAGACGACGAUCCAAGUUGUAAAGUCUUGUCGAGAUUAUUAAUUGAUUUUCCUUCUUUUACCACGUAACGAAACAAAAUAAAAACAUUAUGUUAAGAGACACGCUAUCGCUGUGAUAAUCGCGUACGUCAAUACGUAUAAUUAUAAAAAAAAGCAAACAGAGAAGCAAAAACACGCGGAAUGUUAAGGUAAUUUAAAAUAAAAAAAAUUAAGCCUAGAGUCAGAAUAUAGUCUCCUUUAACGGCUACAUACAAUCUUUGAAAUCGCGCGCAAGUCAAACUACAAACUCAAGAAAGACUGAUUCUCUUUCGCCAAGCGCGUACAUUCAGAAAAGUCGAAACAGAAACCUAAGAUUCAAACGUCGUGUAUUUACUGUACGUUAAACGAAUUGGGUCAGAAGCCGUCCGCGACAGGAAAAACAAAGAUUUCCUCUUUGUAGUUCGAUAAAGCUUAUUUUAAUUUACUCGUUUACUUAAAAAAAUAAAAAUAAAAACAAGAAUUCAGUUCUUACAUAUAUGUAUAUUUUUUUAUGUAAUUAUCUUCUGUUCAAAAUGAAAGAAAUAGUCCGUCGGUCUUGUAUACUGUACUGUGAGAGAGAAAUAUUCACUAGUAAUCGAAGGUGAUUAUUUUGACUGAACUCAGUCGUGUGUUGCUCGCCGCCUGUUCCUAGAAAUUUGUUGUUCAACGGGCGACAAACACUGUGCGAUACCACUGUUCUUUUAUAACUCUGAUAGAAAGCUACUUUUGCGUUGCAUACUUAAGAUACUUGUUUUUGAAACGUUGUCUUUCAAAGCAAACAUAUCUUUCAGAGAAAUCUUGGUGAAUCUGAAAAAAUACAUUGGCUUGUUCCUCUUAAUUUUAAACUUAAGGCUAAAAUAUGACAAGAUCAGUUUGUCUAUCGUUAUUAUUGCACUCGUCGCGCGGUAACCUGGGACAUUAAGGAAUCGAGGGACUGUUACGUAUUCUCAAUUAUUAAUAUAUAUCGCUCGGAUCUAUAAAGCCCUGUCGUGUCAUUGCCGAAGCCUGACGAUGUUCUUUGUACCUACAUAUAUACAAUUUAUUUUUUCUUUGUUCUUUAAUAUUUAUCAUCCACGCAAAGGCUGAUAAUAUAAGCUCGUCUAGCGUUUUUGUGACGCUGAGUAAAACAUAUAAAUGUUUAUUUUAUUUAAUAUAUAUACGUUUCUUCUCUUUUUUCUUUGUAAAGAACAUUGAAACAUUUUUAUUUCAUUUUAGCAGAGUCGCAUAUCUUGUUUCGUUUCAAUUUUUUUUCUUUUUUUUUUAUGUUAUUGUCGAAGCAUAAAAGCGUGUGAUUUGCCGAAAUGCACAUGUAUAAUUAUAUAUCCCCACUGCGUAAAUGGGAUGAGCGCAGUCGACAGAAAAAAAUUCCACGCAAGACGUCGUCCAAUUUUAUUUGUUCCAAAUAAAUAGGAAGGCGACACGCCAGAUUCUAGUCAAAAUUCAUAUUCUAUAUACUUUCGAGCCUCGCAAGAUUAUCAAUAUUUCUUUGUUCCCCCACUCCCUCGUGUAUCUUCUUUCAAACUAUUGUACCUGUCCGUUGAAUUGAACCGUUUCUUUUUAACGAUAUGAAAAAAGACGUUAUUCCCUCCAAACACUCUCUGUUCAUUGUGAUUGCAGGGAUAGACAAAAUCACAAUAUACCUGUAGUACAAUGUGAAAAUGUGUGUGUAUCAUUCGGUUUCGUAAAAGAUUUUAAACGUAACAACGAUGGGUCGUGUUUUUCGACGACGAGCGAAGGACCUUUUUGCAGGGUUUCUAAAACGGUUAAAAUAAUAGACUAAACGCAAAUCUUUAACAAAGUAAGAAAAAAAAUGUAGCUGGGAUAGGGGGUUCAAGAUUAGGGCGUUUUUUCUAAAGAGAGAGAGGCCUUUGUUGAAAAAAAAUAAGAAAAAAAUUUUUCUCGAGCAGCUACUGCUUCGCUCAUUACAAUCAAACUGUUGUUAAAACAAAAAUAAAACGUGAUAUUACGAAUAUAUGUAAUGAUGAGAGAAAGAGAGAGAGAGAAAAGAGGUAUUAUAUCGUGUGAAUCGAGCAGACUUGACGGGCCCAUAAUAUAUGUUUUUAUAUUUGAUACUAAUUAAUUAAAUAGAGAGAGAGAGAGAGA